GACAAAACAAGCCCAAGUCCAAUCUCCUCGACCUCGAAUUCCCCUUUCAUUCUUCACCGGAAGCUCAACUAACUCCUCCGUCUCACACUCUCCUCGGCAGCUCCGGCCACCACCGCACAGGCACGCUUCCGAUUCCUCCGCCUCGAUCUUCACACCUGCGCACCCUCAUACAUUGCGCAGAUAUGGCUGAUAAAGAUGAAGAACUGAAUAUGCCAAGGGACGCAAAGAUUGUGAAAUCUUUGUUGAAAUCAAUGGGGGUAGAGGACUAUGAGCCUCGUGUUAUUCAGAAGUUUCUAGAGCUAUGGUAUCGCUAUGUCGUCGAUGUCUUAACGGAUGCACAAGUUUACUCAGAGCACGCAAGCAAGGCUGCGAUCGACUGUGAUGAUGUUAAGCUUGCUAUUCAAUCCAAGGUUAACUUCAGCUUCUCGCAACCGCCGCCUCGCGAGGUGCUUCUGGAGCUGGCUCAAAAUCGCAACAAGAUACCACUGCCAAAGACUAUAGCAGGACCUGGUGUUCCGCUUCCACCUGAUCAGGACACAUUAAUCAGUCCCAACUACCAGUUUGCGAUUCCAAAUAAAAGGCCUGCUGAACCUAUAGAAGAUACAGAGGUUGAAGAAGCUACCACUUCCAACCCCUCUCAAGAAGAGAAGACAGAUGUGCAACAGAAUCCCAAUCAAAGAGUGUCAUUUCCCCUGCCGAAGCGCCAAAAGGAUCAACUUUAAGUCCCAUCUGUAACCUAUGAUUAAUUCCAUCAAUAGCUCAUUUGUGACAAAAAUCUAUAAAGCAUGUGGCUUGUUGAGUUUAAUUUGUAAGUCUGAGUAUAUUAACAGUUAGGGGUGUAUUAAGUAAAAUGACUACUUUUAUAUUAGGAGAGGGUAAAUCUAACACAUAAUCAUGUAUGGAUGAUCAAACAUCUAACUGGUUUAUGCUGCUGGAUAUCAUUGUGUUUUGGCUUUCAAUUUUGCUUACAACUCUAGUGUUUUGAUUC